GAUAUCCUUCAGCUUUGCAUUGUGGGAUUGAUUCUGAAGAUCGCUAUAACAACCGUGGGGGGAAUAUUUAAUAUUAUAUAUAUAUAUAUAAAAAAUAAUGAAUUAAAUGCUGCUUCUGGGGCGUUUAUGCAAUAUAACUUCAUAAUGCCUCCGUGUAUAAUCAAUUUAGUCCUGUAGCCAAGUUUCCAAUGUGAGGUGAUUUGUUUUGGUUGCGGUAAUUCAACAUUAAUUAGGAACGCGUUAAGAUAGUGGAAACGCUUUUCAUAUAAUUUUUUUUAAUAUAUACGUGUAGUUAUAAUUCCGUAUAUUUGGUUAGCUAGCUAUAAGUCUUAUACUUUAUCCGUCUUGAUAGUGCUUUUUUCAUUUGUAAAAAUAAAAAAUAUAUAUAUAAACUAUUCCAGUGUCAAGCCAAGACACUGGGGGAAAUCUAAGCCCUGCUCCUUCACUGCACCGAUUCGGCUUCCGUCUCUUUAAACUCGGUCCUGUAGCUCGCUGGGUAAGUUCCCGUGAAAUCAAAAGUGAGUUCAAAGGUAAAGAAUGGCUUCCUCGUCCGGAAACGACGACGACCUCACCAUCCCGAGAGCAGCCAUCAACAAGAUGAUUAAAGAAACGCUUCCCAACGUGCGGGUGGCCAACGACGCCCGGGAGCUGGUGGUCAACUGCUGCACUGAGUUCAUCCACCUGGUCUCCUCCGAGGCCAAUGAGAUCUGCAACAAGUCCGAGAAGAAGACCAUCUCCCCGGAGCAUGUCAUCAACGCACUUGAAAGUCUUGGUUUUGGAUCCUACAUAACGGAAGUGAAGGACGUUUUGCAGGAGUGUAAGACAGUCGCGCUUAAGCGGAGAAAGGCGAGCUCACGUCUGGAAAAUCUCGGCAUCCCAGAAGAGGAGCUUCUCCGCCAGCAGCAGGAGUUAUUCGCUAAGGCGCGGCAGCAGCAGGCUGAGCUCGCCCAGCAGGAGUGGCUGCAGAUGCAACAGGCGGCACAGCAGGCUCAGUUAGCAGCAGCAGCAGCUUCAGCCACCGCAGCUCAACACGCCCGAUCCUCCCAGGAAGAUGAUGAAGAAGAUGACAUGUGAUAUCUCUCUCUCUCUCUCUCUCUCUCUCUCUCUCUCUCUCUCUCUCUCUCUCUCUCUCUCUCUUUCUUUCUCUUGCUCUCUCUCUCUGUCUCUCUCUCUCUCUCGCUCACUUUCUCUCUCACUUGCAGUAUCCGUUUAUAUUGACUUUUUAGAAAACACCAUGGCCAGAUGGCUGUUUUAUUUGGCCCAUUCCUUAUGUCAAGUUAACGUUAGACUUUUCCCUCCUUUUAUUUUUCUGUGACAUAAAUUCCUGCUUUUCUUUCAGACAGUUGAAAUAUUUUAAGGCGCCCUAUUGUAUGUGCAUCAUUGUUUUUGGUCUUUGAGUCGUAUGGUAUAUUGGUGGCAGAAGACACAUUACGUUGAAUUGUUCUCGGUUUGGUGCAGGAAUAAGUGUUUAAACUCAAAUGCCUCCUAUUUUAGGUGUCCCGUAGAUUUCUUACUUUUUUGUUUUUGUAAAAUAGUUAUGAGUUAAAAUAUUUCUUGGUUUUUUUUUUUUCUUCCCCCUCGAGAAUUGAUUUUUAUAGAAAUGGUUCCUUCCCUGUCUUGCCCCUGUGUUAGACAGAGAGCUGAUCUGGGUUGUAAAGUAGGAGGUUUCUUUUUGUUUCAUUUUAGUUUAGUUUGGAAAGAGUACAGUGUACGUAGGAUGCAGCUUUUGUCUGGCCUGUGUUCAGAGCAGUAUUGAAAGGAGAACUACAGAAUAAUAUCUGUCUCUUUAGUACCAAAGAUAGAGAUGAAACUUCAGUCACCAGAUAGUCUUAAGAAACCUCUGGACAGUUUUACACUCUUUACAGGAAGAAACUCUGGUCACUGAUGGCACUGAACUACGCCACCAUCAGUGUCCCUAUAUUGAUAGCAACUAUCAAACUGUAAAAUGUUUUCAUAUGCGAGCAGAAGGUUUUUGUUCCUCUGUAUCUCUCUGGUGCAAUGUGUACAAGUUGCAUUGUGAAUGUGUGGUCAAUUCUUAUCUUGUGACGAUUGGUAAGUUUUAGUUGAGGCACGUGUUCACAUGGCUUUGCAGGAGCUGUAAGCUGUAUUCUCUGAGCAAUAAAAGUCAACAUGUUUUAUAAACUAAGCUCUUAGUGUUUUUUUUUUUUUUUUUUUUUUUUUUUAAUAAUUUUUUUUUAUUAGUGUGUUCAGAAUGGGGAGAUACGGUGGCACAGCAGGUAGCAUUGUCGUCUCACAGCUCCUAGGUCCAGGAUUCGAUCCUGAGCUCGAAAUUGUUCCUAGGUGUGAAUGUGUGUGCAUUAUGCCCUGCAAUGAUGUGCCAUCUCAUCCAGGGUGUAUUCCCAUCUCAUACUCCCAGGUGUUCCCAGGAUAGUCUCUGGAUAUACUGUUACUCUGACAAGGAGAAAGCUGAAUGAAUAAAUUUUCAAAAAACAAAUAUGCUUACAGUUGGAACAUAAAUAAAGUUCUUGGUCAAUGUACACUGGGUAGCUCUUUUUUAGUUUUAUUUUUUAGAUCAUCUACAAAAAUUCAGGUAAUAAUUUGCAAUUAAGUUACUGCAGGAUGUUUCAGAAAAAUUAUAUUCAGAGAUAUUCACAGUCUAGAUGGGAAUUUUAGUUGCAUGAGCUCAGCAACGUUGGCAAGGACUUUUCAGUUUUGCAUGACGCACUACAACCAAAUCUCUGAGCGGCUAAUAGGAACCUUAAUGCCUAAAAGCACAAAACAGGGAGCAGAAGAAAUAUUCACUUAAUUACACUCAAUUAUUUCUUUAAAGUUAUCAUAUAUUCCAGUAGUAUAAUACUAGAACUUGCCAAAGAACAAUGGAAACAUGGUAAUGCAUAAAAUUUUCAGCAUUUCACUCCUAUCCUGUAUAUGUAAUACUGUGUUGAGUAUAGAAAUUUAAGGUUGAUCUGCACAAGUAGCUCAAAGAAGUUAAAGUUAAAUCCUAAUUGGCUUUAUGCUCACUGGCCUAAAAUGAAGGGGGUGUAAAUUUAAAUGAAAAACAUUGCAAUUGAAUAUAAGAUGGGUCAGGGAGGGCAUGGAGACUUAGUGGUUAGCACGUUUGACUUGCACCGCCAGGGUUUUGGGCUCGAAUCCUCCCUCCACCCUGUGUGCGCAGAGCUUGCGUGUUCUCCCUGUGCUUCGGGGGCUUCCUUCAGGUACUCCGGUUUCGUCCCCCAGUCCAAAGACAUGCACCGUAGGCUGACUGACAUUUCCAAAUUGUCCGUGGUGUGUGAGUAUGUGUGCGAUUGUGCCCUGCGAUGCGUUGACACCCCGUCUAGGGCGUCCCCUGCCUUCUGCCCUGAGGUCCCUGGGAUUGACUCCAGGCUCCCUGUGACCCUGUAUAGGAUAAACGGUAUGGAAAAUGGAUGGAUGGCUGGAUGGAUAAGAUGGGUCAUGCCCACUCAACUGCUUGUACAAUAAAAGAAGACAAUGAAGUCUAUUUAAAAUAUUUUUAUUUAUUUACUUACUUAUUGUAAACCCGCACUAUUACAAAUAAAUACAGGAUUUAACUUGUGCAGCCUCAAUCUGAUGUGCAAGUGAAACGGGUGGGUCGUGCUUGUAAGAAUCCUGCCGAUAGAGGGCGCUUUCAGCAGGCCCAGCGAGGUAAAAAACCGUGGGUCCGUAUCCCAUAUAGUUCCUAACUUUCUACAUAAGCACCCUACAUGUAGUGUCACCUAAUGGCGUUCCAGGCUCUAUGUAGUACACUACAUGUCCAACAGCGAGGCGUUUGUUAUGCAGCCGGUGAGAUUUUUGGAUUCCAGUCGUCCAGCACCGUUCCCACCAUUCCGCGUAUACAGUAUUUUCUCUGAGAGAAGUGAAAGCUCGCCUGUCUUUCUCUAGUUUUCGUUUUGUUUAAGCACUAAAAGACUACUAAUACUUUUACGCAUUUACAGUAUUCGUAUUGGAGUCGUUUUGUUUGUGUAUAAUAGAGAGACUCGUACUUUACAAGUGAAGUAGCGUUUAUCUUAAGCGACGCUUUUGUCGGUUGGUAAAGAGCUUUUAAAACAGUUCACGCGACGGCUUGUAACGCUGAGCUCAGUUAAAUGAGAGGUUAACAGGGCGGCCUCGGAGCUCUCAUCGGAGGUCAACCAGGUGAUCUCAGAGCCCCAGCUUGAGACCUGUGGGGAGGUCCCUGCCUCAGAGCUCCCGCCUGAGGUCAACUUGGCAGCGUCAGAGCUCCAGCCCGAGACCUACGGGGAGGUCUCAGCUCCGGAGCUCCAGCCCGGCAGAGGACUUCCCUCUGCUUACCUCCACCGCUGAAGGAAGUCAAUCAGCCUUCCAGUCCCACUAAGGACGUCGCCCAGCCUUCCAGUCCCACUGGGGAUGUCGUCCAGCGUUCCAGUCCCGCUGAGGACGUCGCCCAGCAUUCCAAUCCCACUCAGAACGUCGCCCUGAGCUUCAGUCCCACUGGGGGUGGUGCUCCGCCUGUCUGCUGCCCGGCGGAGGUCGUCUUGUUUUCCAAUGCAUCAAGAGACAGAUUACACAGGGGCCCAGGACCCCAUUGAAGGGGGUUUUUUGGCACUUCGGGAGGAGUACCUUUGGAGGGGGGUUCUGUUACGGUACCGUCGGCAGAUGAAGCUAUGGCUACAACGAGCAGCUUGAGAACGCGCACGUGCACGUGAAUGAAGUGCGCAUGGACGCUAAAGCUGGGUUAAGUGUUGCCAGCUGUCAGCAAUCAAGAGACUGUUUACUUAAACCCCUCGCGGUGCUGCGCACAUCGUGCGGCAUUAAAGUGUUAGUGUUAAAGUGUUGAAGUAACGUAAUGUCCCGUAUAGCAACGUAAUGUCAAGCCAAGUAAAGUAAAGAGGGGAAUGGACUAACAGAGAAGAUGACGGAAUGUAUAAUGGUGCCAGGUUGUGAUGUUGCCAUGCUCUGUCUGUUUUCCUGUUAGUUUAAACCCUGUCGUAGUUGAGUGUUUGUAUCCUGUUGUAGUCAAGAAAUUUAAGUCCUGCCCUAGAUAAGAGUGCUUAUGCCACACUAUAGUCAAAUGAGAGGUUUUGCUCUUGUUAAAUAAGGUGUUCUUGUUCUAGUUAAAUGAGAUGUUCCUGCUUUAGUUAAAUGAGAUGUUCCUGUUCUAGUUAAAUGAGAUGUUCCUGUUCUAGUUAAAUUAGAUGUUCAUGCUUUAGUUAAAUGAGAUGUUCAUGCUUUAUUUAAAUGCAGUGUUCAUACUCUAGUUAUAUGAAGUGUUUAUGCUCUAGUUAGAUGUGUUCCUGCCAUUGUUAGAGGAUUGUUUCCUGUCUUGUUUAUAGUUAAACGAGAACUGUUUGAGUUAAGUUUCAUGCUCUUUGCUUGAGUUAGAGUUUUAUGUUUAGAUCUGGUUUCCUGCCUCCUCGUGUGUUUAUUUAAGUGGCACAAUAAAGACUGCUCUCCUGCGCUUACUUCCUGUCUCCAAGUCCUGAAUCAUAAAAUUAUUGAGCAAGUACAUAAAAAAAAAAAAAAAAUCAGUGUUCAAAACUGUAUCCUUACCUUACCCCGAUUUGCAACGGUUAUGGUUAUGUCUCGUCCGUAAACCAAAAGAAGACGACCCGGUUACUAUAUCGCAUCUGUGGGGGCUGAGGAUGGUGGAGUGUUUGUAGCUUGUUCUUACAACAGUUGCUUAGAAUUCAAACGUGUCAUUUAGAUGACUACUAUAAUCUGGAUAGAUCUAAACACAAUCAUUGUUGACAUUUGGAGAAUCACCUGUUGUCAAAAGCAAGAAACCUCGAACUGCGGAGAGCUUGCUGUCAAAAAGGGAAAGCGACAGGGCUCGUGCUAAAACGAGAAUAAAUCUCGGCAGGGCUUUUGAGAGGUGGUGAAGACUCAGAUCUGAAGGUAUUAAAGAAUGAUGCAGAGAUGGCUUUUUUCUGCUACACGGGACAGUUCAGUGGUUCAGUAGGUAGCUAGCUAACUUGGUUGCUUGAUUCAGUUAUUUAUGAAGGUUCCCAUGCUGUUGUUUUUUUGUUAUUGUUUUGAUUUGCUAUGGUCAGUAUGGUAAAUUGCACUUAUUUUCUGCUAACUAUGAGAGAGGGCAAUUCACCUCUACUCCAAGAAAACAGUAUAUGCCUCCACCUCUGUUGUCAAGUAUUGGAGCUCAUAUACAACCCAUACGAAUAACUCAAACUACCAGCUUCAUCUGAACAGAGGAGCAGUGCCAAAGCAAAACUCAGCAAAAACCCAGACCACUCUGUUUCAAACAGAGAUGGCGAUAGAUACAGAUACAGUAUUAGCAAAAUUUCAAUACUGAAGCUUUAAAGCAAGAUUAGCUACUGUAGGUAACAGGCGUUUCCAUGCAGGUUAUCUCCCACUUCAGCCAAACAUGUCAGUAAGUGUAUUGGCAGCUCUAAAUGUGUGCGUGUGUCCAUGGUGUAUUCCUGCCUCGCACCCAGGCUACGUUGGAAAUCACGUACUAUGACAGACAGUACGCCAUCUUUGACUCUGACAGCUCUUCCGCACCAGUCCCAUUGCCUUAUGGGAUAGUGUACUGUCCAUUGCUUCCAUACAGCAGAAUAAAAAGAGUAUAUCUCGCCUACUGUUUUAUGAACACUGAGAAUCUAGACACACUACUCCUUUGGCACACUGCUUUUCGCUUACUGUAUCGUAGGUAGUAGGGAUAUUCGGAUGCAGCCCCAAUCAUUCCCGAAGAUGAAUGAAUGAACAAAUGUUACAAGCCCUAGCUAUUAAUCAGUCUGAUUGAACUAUAUUAAACCCAGUCAAAUCCUGAAUCUUGGCUAUUUUACCUCAUUGGACUCGGCUUCUACCAGAUGUGGAGGCGAUGCAGAAUGGGCACCCACACCUUGAGCCAGUGAAGCAUGUAAAGUUAAAAGUAGUUAGCUAACUAGGAAGUAACUUUACCUUUCUGUACUGGAGCUGUAUUAGUGUAGAAAAUGAAAGUGUCAGCGUUUCAUGUGGCAGUAAUUACACAGUUGCUUUCAACAUGACCAGUGUGAUAAAGCACCUAUAAAGAAAACGUUUAAAGGGAUACAGUGAGCUCACACAGGUCACUCAGCCAAAAACCACACCAAGCAGCAAACACUGAUGGAUAUUUUAAAAGGCAACUUCAGGCAGCGACAAGGUGAAAGAAAUUCGAGCAGUUAACUGGAGGUACUGCUUUGUAUGACUAGUGGUGGAGAAUGAAGCUUUGUUAUAUGUUAAUAAGUUUAUGAAGCCACACUAUGUCCUACUCUCUUGGAACCCAUUAGGCAUAUUUUCUUAACAUACAGCUAUUCAGCGUUCCAACUUAUCGUGCUUGGGUUGGUUUUAUUAAACUACAUGUAGAAUUACAUUUUCAGAUUUUAUAUUCUGAUUGUGUAUCACAGAUAUGAAUAAAUACUGGCUCAACUGGCGAAAAACAAACUUAACUGAGGAGAAUAUAUUUAGGACAAAUACAUCUUGAACUUUUAACAUUUUAGCAUGAUUUUUUUCUUUUUCUUUUUUUGACCAACAUUUAAAUCCAAACAAAAUGUUUGGAAGAUUUGGAACGCUUUUUUGGCCCCUUGUUUGUACAAACUUCCUUUUUAAUCUCUGAAUUCGUAGCAUUUGUUACUAAUGUGAACUAUUAGGAAAGAAGCAGCAUCUAUUGAAAUGAUUUUCUAAAAAUUAUACAAUCAUUUAUAUCAGUUGCUGUGUUUAGUGCGUAUCUUCUGAACAUCUGCGUAAGAGACUUGAUGAAAUGGAGGCUGAUCACAGAUGGCACACAACCAUCUGAGGAAUGGAGUGAGUUCACUGAUUAAUGUAGUUUUACCAGUUUGGUUCAGUUUCACACACAGCAGAUGGUCAUGCACUCAGUAUUACUUUAACACACAAGCUAGCAAAGUGGAAAAGAAAACAUAAAAAAAAUAUUGUUGACAAUUUAUUUCACUUUGAUAAAAAAAGAAAGAGUCUUUUAAACAAAUUAAAAUUGCUCCUUCGUCACAUUAAUUGUGUGUUUUUUAAAAAAAAGCUUACUAUAAACACAAUUUUAUGUAAAUGUUUCUCAUUCCUCAGUGAAAAUGUGCAUUUUGGGCCCCUGUUUGGCUAAUGCAAUGUUCCAUCUUGGUGCCUCCAUUUUGAAUUCUUCUUACUGUCAGGCUAAACACACUUCUCUCCUGCCCAAAGCUGCUUUAAAAAAAAAAAAAAGUUUUAUUUUUAAAUGAACACUAGGGUUGUCUGAUCAUUUUUGUCAUGUCUGAAUUAGGAGUGCUACGGUUUGGAAUUUUCGCAGUAUGAUAGCCUAGUCUAAAAAUAUCACAGUUUCACAGUAUUACAGAAUUAAUCGACCAUUUCAAAACAAGCCAGUGGUGAAAAUUAAAGGAAAAAUGAUUAUGAUAUCUGUGUGCAAAAGUCUCUUUGCACAUCAUGUACAUAUCUAACAAAAAAAAAAAAAAAAAGGAAACAA